AUGAUAAAUACUGUAAUUGAAACUAUUAAUGAAAUCACUACCAAUUAUGAAUCCUUUCAUGACCAGUUGGACCAAAUAACUGAGAUGAGUUCUGUGAUACCAUUAAUAUCUGAACAAUUUGCUGGCCCAUCUGUAUCUAUGUCCAAUUUUUCUCAAAGAUCUUCUGGUUCUUCUCUGGAUUCUUCUAGUGACUCAAGUCAAUUAUCUUUUUUUGAUAUUACCUCAACAACCAGAAACUACUUUAAAAUUCUUUUUGAUAAGAUUAUGAUAGACAAUAAUUAUUCUUUAGACAAUAUGUGUAAUAUGAUGUCUGUUGAGAUUCAUAGUCUUGGGAUGGGAAAGAUUGUAAAUGACGAAGUUAGAAAUCAAAUUUCCAAAGAGGUUAGUGAUGAUGCACUUAGAAAGAAAACAGAACGAGCACGAAAAAUUUACAACCUUUUUGACGCCAUUGGUGAGGAUAAAAUAGUUUGUAUAACCGAUGGUGUGAUAAAAUCGGGAUCUGAUUGUACAUAUAAAACGUUUCACGUUUUUUAUUCAACACGCGACAAAAAUUAUCCAAUGUCCAAGCCUGCGAAUUCUCCCACUUUAGUUGAAAGUUUAAACCUUUGUCAUACAGCAUAUUGGAUUCGCGACCCAAACUCGGGGAGAAGUUUGAUCGAUUGGGACAUAUACUUUAUCGAAACUAAUCCUGGAUGCACAAAAGAGGAAGCGCAUCGAUCCUUAAGUCUUGAGCUUGGUAUCCUCCUUAAAAAUAUACCAAGAAGGAGUAAUCUUUUUGCCAAGGCGACCACCUUGAAAAAUGCUUUAGAGGUCAACCUUUCUUUUUAUUAUAGGUGCAUAUACCAUGCUCCGCAGUCGUGUUCUGAGCGAUUCGUUCGCACAAGGCAACUCGUGUUGUUGCCUGAAAAUAGUAACAAUGAUCCUGUAAAUACUUUAUUAUGGGGAAAUCACGGAAAGAUAUCAACGCUAGCCGUCAUGGAUCGAAUAAAUAAGCGAGAAAUUCGAAGCGUUGCUAUACAAGAGGAAACGGAGCGAUAUAAAUCUGAACAGGAAUAUAUAAGUCAUAGGUUAGAGGGCCGAACUCGUGAAGAUCUCGAAAUCACUAGCAAUGAUUACGCUAGUGAGCCUAAUAUAACACCCAUUCAGGAAGAACCAUCACCAGGGACUGAUUAUUAUGAAUCGAUAAACAAAAAUGAUACGCAAAACGAUGGAUUUCAAACCCCCCCUCAUCAAAUUGUCAGUAACACAUACAACCCGGAAAUUUCAAUUGACGAAAAUAUACUAAGAAUGUCUGCUAUGAGUUUAGCCAAGCUGGAUGAAUCCAAGCAAAAUAAUCCAUUUUCUUACACGAUUGAUGAUGUAAUGGAUAUUCGAGGGGAAGGCGGGUUUUCUAAAUUUUUGUCAGUUGAUGAUUACAUAAAAUUAUUAUCAAAAAAACCAAAGAGGAAUGUUGAAUUGCCAGAAGGUUGGCGUGAUAUUAUUGAAGAGUAUUUUAAGGAAACGACCGAAAAUGGGUCGAUAAAAAAUAUAUCAGACUGGAUCCGUAUUACAGAAGAGUUGGGAGUUGUAAAAGAGGAGGAUAAAGAGCUAAUAAAAAUAAAAAAAUGUUUAAAUCGAGUUAUGCUUCCAUUGAUCGAAUCAUUCUCAAAACCGGUCCCAGAUAUUAGUGCUCCAAACAGCAGUGAGCAUCAUUAUUGGUCAGAAUUUGGACAUCGUUUUUUCUCAAGGGCAUUACAAGAAUUUGUAGGUCUUGAUUGGAGGGCCAUGGAAGUUCCCGUACAGGCCUCGAAGUAUCGAAAAAAUUAUGGAUAUAAUCAUAUCUUAGACAGAGUAGUUGAUGGAAAAUCUGCGGACUUGUUGGCGUGGAUGUGGAAAACGGGUGAAGAAAUUUUUGUCGGAGAACAAGCCGGACCCCCCACUCAAUGUGAUUUAACAAAACUAGCAACCGAUUCUUUUAAAUUGUAUAGAGAAAUGAGAGAUUGUUUAAAUGUUAGAAUUUUACGGGCCAUGGGAAAGGGUGACAUGAAUUACAAUAAUCGGUCUGUUUUCGGAAUAUUGGGUUAUCUCUUCGAAAUCAAAAUGCUUAUAAUGUGGAAAGAUGGAGUAUAUGUAUAUGAAGAAUAUGGAAGUUUAAACAUUGCUUCUAAUCCAAAUAUGAUUUCAGAGAUGAAAUCAGGUAUACUAAGGUUAUUGGAAUUUAUGAUGAUCAUUAAAGUAGAAACAAAAAAUAACGUGACAACAGAACAUGAUGCUGAUUCUGUACAGAUUUUGAAAAGGAAAUUUAAUGAAAUUAUUCAAACAAAGCCAUCACCUUCGAAAGUCACGAAGAGAUAA